AUGGCAUCCGCUCCAAUCUCCUCUCUCCUUGGCCUGCUCAAACACAGUCUCGGGUCGGAGUUCAUUGGUUGCAUCGUAUGCUCUAUCUUGCAAGGUUCGUUAUUCUACGGCGCGUUCAUCUACAUCCGGUUCUAUAGGGACGAUCCGCUGUAUUUGAAACUUUGGGUCGCAGCGGUGCUCACGGUGCAAACCAUUUGUACCGCGCUGAUUAUACACACGACGUUCUAUCUACUAGUCACCAACUAUUUCAACCCGGCGUUCGUGGUGGAAGGUGCCCCUCUAUCGUCCAAGCUGGUAGCAAUAUUUGGCCCGAUCAGUAACCUCCUUGUACAGUCCUUCUUCGCGCGUAGGGCCUUUAUCAUUGGGAGGAAGUACUGGCCGGUCACUGCCUUCGCCAUGUUAAUGAACGUGGCAUCUUGCGGUUUCUUCAUUGGCACUGCGGCCUCAGCAUUUGCCGUAGGAAACUUACAGAAGUCACUUUACUCCGGAAGCUGGAUAGUGACAACGGGCUCCGCUUUGUCACUGGCUGGGGAUCUUCAGCUAUCAGCAAUACUCAUCUGGGCACUGCACAAGAAUCGCACCGGCUUCAACAAGACGAACACCAUGAUCGACGCCUUAAUCGCAUACACCAUUAGCUCAGGUUUACUGAUCUGCGUGCUAAACCUGAUUGCUGUUAUACUUCUGGGAGUGUUUCCCCACAGUAUUUACUAUCUCACGACUCUUUGGGUUGGGACCCUAGUUAACUCAAACUCGUUCAUGGUAUCUCUCAACUCGCGGAAACUCAUACAGAACAUCGGCGACCCAGAUCUGUCGACGACGAUCCCGACAUCUAAUGCCAACCGCAACUUUCAAAGGCAACAGAUUGUCACUCCAAUAAGGUUCACGUCUGGUCCAACAAGGUCUCAGACAACACAAGAUAACACCGACGUGGAGAUGAAAUCCGUAAGGACUGGCUUGCACCAGCCGGUGCUGGGAGACUCCUCAAGCGAGUUCAAGCCGACUCGGCGUGAUCUGGUACGCGAGGAUUCGGAUGGCGAACACGAGGCGGAUGCAUCUAUCUUGAACAUCUCGCAACUUCCUUGA